AUGGGUAAUAUAAACUCGUUGUUCACCAAAAACCCAUCUGAAAUACUGCCAGUUGAAGCAUAUUUAUCGGAUUUAUCAUGUGAUUCUAUCGAGAACCUUGGAAGCACGAGAUUCAUGAAAGUUGCCAAAGGAAAAACGCUUGAGGGUUUUUUUGUAUAUAAAGUGUAUGUUCGGCAAGAUGACGCUUCUUUGGAGCCAUUCCCACAGAGAAUAAUCGAAAUUCGAAAAUCACUCAGUCGAGCUCCGAACUGUUGUGCAAUCAAAAAAGUGUUGAUAAAACCCAAAUAUGCGGUUAUGCUCCGAGACUAUCAAAAGCACACCCUAUUUGACCGGAUAAGCACAAGACCAUUUUUAGUGCAACCGGAAAAAGUUUGGUACAUUUAUCAACUAUUCAAAGCACUUUCACAAUGUGAAGCAGUCGGUGUAUGUCAUGGCGACUUAAAAUCUCAAAAUGUGUUGAUUUCUUCUUCGAAUUGGCUUCAAAUUACGGAUUUUGCUCCAUUUAAACCCUCAUUUCUUCCACAAGAUAAUCCGUCAUCAUUCACGUUUUUCUUUGAUACAAGUCGUCGACAAUCUUGCUACAUUGCCCCAGAGCGUUUCAUAUCUUCAACCGAAUAUGACAAAUGUUUUGCGAAUGAAAAGGAUAAAUGGCUUUUUGGUUCUUUGAAACCAUCAAUGGACAUUUUCUCAGCUGGAUGUAUUGUUUAUGAAAUACUCUGUGAUGGGAGAAGCCCAUUUACUUACAGUCAACUUUGCGAAUAUCGAGCGAUGAAGAAUGCGGAAGCAGCUGCGACACUUGCUAGAAUAUUGCAAGACGUUCCGCAUCAAUUUCGACCACUAUUGAAAAUGCUUCUGAAUCGUGAACCAACGCUACGCUUGUCCGCUAACGCCGUGCUGAGUGGGGCGGCGUUUUCAUUUCCUCCUAUUCUCGAGAACUUUAUCUUUAAAUAUCUCGAUGUGUUCCGCCCGAUUUAUGGAUCUCCAACCCCGCAUUCAAGCGAAAAUGCCGAUGAGUUUAGUCAACCUUCAGAGUUUUCGUAUAUGGAGCCUGACGAUGUCAUUGCAAAAUUGAAACGAGAGAAGAAUGUUUGGUGGAGUAAACUAGCAGCGAGUGAAGAUACCAAGCCAUAUUCGGUGCUUUUCGUCACACUAAUCACCGCAAAUCUUCGCGCUUUGAGGACAAUUCAAUCGAAAACGGAUGCAAUGAGCAUGCUUGUCGACCUUUGUGCUCUUUGCGAGCCAAACGUCGCAAUUGAACGAGCUCUUCCAUACUUAGUGCAUUGUAUGAAUGAUCCCGAAACUCAGAUACGUGCCACUGCUGUAAAUAUGAUAGCGAAAAUUCUUGAACCGAUUUCUCCUAAAACUUAUGAAGAAUCACUGACUUUUGUGGAUUAUUUAUUCCCGGAAAUAAGCGCAUUGCUAACCGAUGACUGUCCGCAACACAUCGCAUUUGCAAUUGCAACAUCUCUUGGGUCUUUAGCCGAGUCCGCGUAUCGGUUUCUUCUUGCUGGACGGGAUAUUCGAUCAGGUUCAUGUGAUGAAGAUCUGUCUUUGGCUGAAAAUGCGACUACUUCAAGUGAUAAUCACCAGCAAGGAUUUUCCGAGGAUUCGGAAGCGCUCAACAUUGGCGUCUCGGCAAUAUUCAGUUCACUUUGUAGCCGAGAUCCUAUGGUGAAACGAUGCCUAGUUGAACCUCAAUCUCUUCACAAACUUUAUACAUUCUUUUCAAAAGUUGGGAACGGAGACAGUCUUCUAACGUUUCUCAUAACAUUUUUAAACGCCAAGUCUGAAUGGAGAUUGCGAGCCGCAUUUUUUGAUUCGCUGCCAAUUUGCGUGCAGAAGAAAAGUGUUGGCAUGGUGCCAUUAAUUCAGCAGGGCCUCCAGGAUUUUGAAGAGCAAGUCAUAAUGAGGGCACUGGGCUGUGUGUACCUUCUCAUACGAAAUGGAACAUUGGAUAACAAUUCCAUCAAGGAUCUUCUUGAGGAUGUUAUUCCAUUUUUGGUUCAUCCAAAUGAGUGGCUCCGAGGUUCGGCGUGCGAAAUAUUGUUAGCCAUCGAUCAGAAAUGGCAUAUGGCGGACAUUCAUGUGAAACUUCUGCCAAAGAUACGCCCGUUUAUCCAGGAAUCGAAAAAAAGUAUGCUCACAUUGAAAAGCCGAUCGUAUUUGUUGAGCUGUCUUAUUGAACCGAUUCCAAGAAACAUUUGGGACAGGGUCACAGAAAUGUCGUUGGAAAGCACGAACAAGCUCGUUUCGCUGCUAGAAGAUCAUUUCUGUAAAGAAAAAACUUUCGACACGAAUGAUCAGUGGUUUUUGCGUCUAUUUAAGAAAACCGAUGAAGGUCUUGUGGCGAGACAUGAUGUGAGAAAAAGGGCUCCGCAUGAGAGCGGUGCCGAAGUUAUGACAGUUGAAAGCACGAAACGACUUCUCGCUGCUUUGUUUUCGUUCAGGCAUCUUCUGUUGAAAAUGGCGGAAACGCGUUGCACAGCUGGAUUGGAAUCUCUGCUAACGAAACAGCAUGGUGUCAUCGAUUUGUCAUCGGAUGCUUACAAUGAGGUUCGAAGGAAGAUUUUCGAGUAUGGGUCUGAGAACGUGGCCAACCAGAAAAUGGUAUUGUACAAGCCGUUUGGAAUCGAUAGUCGUGAUACUCUCCUAGCUGAUAGUGAAGUUGCGUUUGAGGAGGAACGAACUGUCACAGGAGUUGGCGGGCCACAACUGAGAAACUCGAUUUUUGAUACACAAAUCAACGAAAUGUUAGCCCAUUUUAACGAUUUGUUCAUGAAAAACGUGACUUCGAAAUCAGCAGUCGAAGCUUCCGCUUCCACUACUCGAAAGCAGAGAAAUUCUGUUACGGGAACUAUACUCUCCCACAUGCAUGAGCAUUCUGCCGUUAUAACCAAGUUGUCAGCGAAUAGGGACAAAAGUUUGUUCGCUAGCGGAAGUAUGGAUGGAAGCGUUCGCAUCUGGAAGACGAGUCGAAUUCUUGGCGAAGGAUAUGGCGCUGCGAUGAGCGAACAUUUUUGGAUACCCGCUGAUGGAAAACGCGAUCCAGUUCAAAGUGUUGGCUGGUGCGACAACUAUGUGUGCGCCGCCUCUCAGGAUGGAUUCGUUCGGUGGGCAGAUAUAGCGAAUGGCGGUGUAAAACUAGCGACGUAUGUGAACAUUCCGGAAAAUGAGGGAUAUCCGGUGGAUGUGCAUCUCCAUGGGCCUAUAUGUUUUGUUAGGACCCAUCAUGGGGUGAUGUACGGAUUAGAUUUGAGGGUUGGCGCAACUAGCGGACCACUGAAAAGGCACGAUGUUUGGCGCAAGAAGCUCAAGGACGAACGCGGUCUGGUCACGUGUUCGACAAUCGAUCCCUGGCAGCAGGCGUGGAUGGUUCUUGGCACGACCGCAAAUCAUCGUAACAUGCUUCUGUAUGAUUUACGAUUCCGCGAAGAGGCCUGCUCGUGGAAGGCGCCACAUGAGUUACUGCGCCCGAUUGCAAUGUGGGCCAACACAACGACCAGUCGGAGUUCUCCGGAAGUUCUUGUUUCAUUUAAUAUGUACGGUGAAGUUAGCUCGAUGGAAUUGAGCAUGAAACCAGCAAGGAAAAAGGUCCUAUGGAUAGGAGGCAGUCAGCUUUUGAGAUAUGAACAACGAUCGCCUGAAAGUAAUCUUCAAACGAAGGCCUUGUGUGUUUGCGAUGACACUGAUACAAUUUAUACGGGUGAUUCGAGAGGAACCCUUAGAAAAUGGGAUAUGCACAAAAUUAAUGGCUGCUCGGUGCUUUGUGAGCCUCCUAGAGGUCGAACACCUUAUCGUACAAUGUUUGAUGAAAAAACCGAAAAUGACGUUCACGUCUAUUAUGAGAGAAAAAUAGUGGAUACUGACGCGAAAGAAGUGCGAAGAAUUGUUCCGAUCGACUCAAAACCAUCUACAUAUCAUCGAACCCCUAUUUGCGAUAUGAUCACACUGGCACCAAAUAUUCUCGUUUCCGCUAGUGCUGAUGGUGUAAUUAAAGUUUGGAAAUAA